AUGCCACCUACUCAGCCACAUCACGUUAUAGUCGUGGUUGGCGCCACAGGAUCACAGGGCUCUGGUGUUAUUCGGGCCUUGCUGAGCGACAAAUUCGGCGGCAGUCCUUGGCUUGUCCGGGCUUUAACCAAAGAUCCCAGUUCAGACAAAGCACAGAAGCUUUUAUCAGAGUGUCAGACUAGCGACAAUCGUCUGAGUUUGGUUACUGGUCAAGUUUACGAUGCAGAAAGCUUGCGAAACGCCUUUGCGGGCGCAUACGGUGUCUUCGCCAUGACCAGUGAGCGGCACCCGGGGAAGGUCAUCACUGAAGAGAGAGAAAUGGAGCAUGAGCUUGAUGCAGGGCGCAACAUCAUCAUGGCCGCCAAGAAGCGCUACGUCAAACACUUGGUGUUCAGCAGCCUCCCCGAUAUCAUCAAAGCAAGCGACGGCCAGUUCAAAAAGAUAUACCACAUGAACAUCAAAGCCACCAUUGAGCAAUUAGCAAGAAAGGAGCUUGAUGGUUUCACCUCUCUAAUUCCGGGUGAGUACGCAGGAGCGGGGCUGCUGUAUAGUAUUUUUGGUUUGACGACCCGGUUGACACGUCAAGUUCAAGCGUUGAAGGCUGACCAAUUGUUUGAAGAGAUAUUUGGUUUGGGCGUUGAGAAGACUAAGGGCAAAACUUAUCUUGCUUUGAGCUCUAGGACAACCUCUGAAAGCAUGGUGGAAACCUUUACGCGCGUUACUGGAAGACCAGCCGUUCAUUCUCCAAUUUCGUUCGAGGAGUUUGGUCAACUGAGCUCCUCGCUUGUUGGCCCAGCAUUCAAGGAAGAUGACAUCGAAAUGAUGCAAUGGGCCGCUAUCGCCCCGUCGGAUAAGAUCUGUUACGGAGCCUUGAAUCCAGGAGAGGAGCAAUCCAGCGUGGAGCUGGGUCUUACCGCUAGUUCUUUCGAGGAUUGGCUGAGGCGUAGCGGAUGGACCGGUCCCAGGGAACGAUACAAAGUACAGUAA